UCCCGAAGGUUUCUGUGGCCACGCAUUUCCUGCAAAGAGAGGCCUCCCGAUUGGACGCAGAUAUUCAGGCUGUGGUCCAGGACCGAGACAAGGCUCAGCGUCUUCACAGGAUGGAGAAUGGAAAUCAAGGGAGCUGAGGACAAUGGGCGUGUCACCUGGAACAGAAGCAUGUAUACCAGCCUGGGGGACGGUCUCAGACCCUUGAGGGCAGCUGAAACAGGGGCCCAGGACGUCAGAGGAUGGGGGCAAGAGGGAAGCUAUGGCUUGGUGGUGCUGUCACCAGCAACGUGGAUUCCCGGGGUCACCCAGGCGAGGAAGUCCGCAGUGAGGCAGAGGGCUCCCCCAGCCGGUGCCGAGCCUGUGGCCACGCUGCCUCCGGUCUUCACAGAUGCUGGCCUCUAUGCCGGGCCCCAGGGGGCCCAAGGGAAAGAAACUGGACAUAGCACAAGGACCUGGACAGAAUCAGGAAUUACCAGGCAGAAAGGAAGGACAAAUGGUAACGACCGGAAGUUCAAGAAAAGGAUCCGAGGCAAAAGGCUGACUGAUGUGGCUGAAGAUACGAAUAAUGCCAUCAAAGGAGUGGACAAGAAGCAGAAACCAGGGGCUGUCCGAGAACGGAAGAGGCAGAGAGUCUGGUUUCAGAGGGUAGCGCCCAGGAAUGGGUGUCCACGGGAAGCUCCUGAUCGUCACCAAAGGAGACAGUGCCUGCCAGCUGGCAUCAGUAUGCACACAGUGGCUGUCACCCACAUGGAGAGGCAGUACAGGUUUGACUCGGAGGACAGGAAUGGCCUCACCAUUACUUGGAGACUGAAGAUACUUCCUGGACCCAAGGGGAAGAAUCAGAAGACUGAUGACAGUCAUAGCCCCCCAUCAGACUUCCCUCGGUCCCCCAGCUGCCUUCACCCUUCGCUCAUCUCUGAGAGAUACCUGAGGCCAUGCUGGGUCUUACUUCUUGUGAUGCCCCAUCGGAGGAAGAAAACCAAGAUGCGUGAAUCACACCCAAAGUUAAAUGAAACAUUUGAACCAGGAAGGCCCCUUGGUGUCUUCAGUUACUUCUAUGGAUGCUGGAAAGUCCUCCAAGAAGGAAGGGGCUUGAAUGCCUUCAGAAAGCUCCAGAACAUCUACCAUGAGUCACUGCCCUUGGAGGUAAGAAGAGUCAAGUCUUCUUUGGAGAGCGUCUUCUCUGCGGUCUGGAGGAAGACGGUCAAGACCUUGGCUCUGGGUGAGGAGGCAAGUGGAACAAAAGAUAAAAAAAUGGUUCAUUGCUGGAAGAAGGAGAGGCGUGUGCUCACACACAACACGGUGAGGUUUGGACCCAGGACCCUAGUGGGCGCCAGGAGGUCAAGAGAUGAGUUUCUAGGAGCAGCUCACAUCAGGAGGGUAAGUGAGAUACCUUUGGUCACAUUAAAGUCAAGCUCUUUGAACCUUUAUGUAUAACAACGGUUUUCAACCUGUGCAAUAGGGGAGUAAUCUUGCUCCCCUGGGGGCAUUCAGCAAUCUCGAGAGACAUUUUUGGUUGCCACAGCCUGGGGACAGGGGAGCAGUGCCAUUAGCGAGCAGAGACCAAGGCUGUUGU